AUGACUAGGGGAAGCCCCGGAGAUGGUUCGGAGCCAUUGUCUGCCAUGGACAAGCCUAAUAAUAUCAAACCGAGGGCAUAUCAACAGGAAAUGCUCGCUGAGAGUUUGCGUCAAAACACGAUUGUUGCUAUGGAAACUGGAAGUGGAAAAACACAGAUUGCCGUUCUCCGAAUACAAGAAGAACUAUCACGAUGCUCACCGAAAAAGUUGGUAUGGUUCUUAACCCCAACAGUCGCCCUAGCCGAACAGCAAUACACAGUCAUCUCCAAACAACUCCCCAUCUACCAAAGUAGACUCUUACUCGGAAGCGACAAUGUGGAUCAUUGGAGUACCCAACAGAUCUGGGACAAGAUUCUUUUGAAUAUCCGAAUUGUGGUUUCGACGCCGCAGGUGUUGUUGGACGCGAUGUGCCAUGGCUUUGUGAAGCUUUCCGGCUUGUCGUUGUUGGUUUUUGAUGAGGCACAUAGAUGUGUCAAGGCCAGCCCCUUCAACGGCAUAAUGCGUCUAUAUCAUCAUGCCAGGAAAUCGGGAUUGGAUGAACUCCCGGCUAUUCUGGGCUUGACUGCGACUCCUGCUACGAAAGCUACUGCUGAAGCAGUCAAAUUACUGGAAGACAACCUACAUGCAAUCUGCCGAACGCCAGUCAUCGAACGAGAGGAACUUUUGAAAUGGACGCACAAACCAGAAUUAUCCAUUGUCACAUAUUCGAGUCAAUCUGACCAAACCACUGAGAUCUUGAAAGGUCUCGAUGAUAUACUAGAACUAACUCUAGCAGAUAUCGAGAAUGAUCCAUAUGUCAAGUCCCUGCGUGCAAAAAAGGACGACAAGAAGAGUCAGGAAAUACUUAUCAAGCUCCUGGAUAGCGGCAAGACGUUUACACGAAAGGAGAUUAUGUCUCUAGCGCAACGAGCGCAAGUCAUCAACGCGGAACUUGGUUCCUGGGCUGCCGACGUGUUUGUAGUAACAUGCGCCGAAAAAUUCAUCGAAGCCGCCGUACACAGAUCAGACAACAACAUAUUCCGUCAAUGGGAAGAUGCUGAAAAGAUCUAUAUGAUGCAAUAUCUCUCCAUGUUACCGGCUAUCGCGAAAACCAGAGUCUGGGGAAGUGUCCCCGAUCAUAUCAGCCAGAAAGCGAAAUCACUCAUCACCACUAUUGCGAACACUUACAACCCGGGAUACCGUGUGAUUGUGUUCGCUGAACAACGUGCCACUGUCAUCAUGUUGGCUCAUCUAUUGAGCGUCCAUCCACUCACAAAGGGGAUUGUGACGAAGUAUUUUCUCGGAAAUUCGAAUUAUGCUAAUCGCAAAUCGAAUAUUACCGAACUUUCUACUCUGGUGGAGCAAAAGGAUGUUUUGACCGAACUCCGGGUUGGGAAAACCAACGUGCUGAUUGCGACGAAUGUUCUUGAAGAGGGUAUUGAUGUACCUGCUUGCAAUAUCGUGAUUUGCUUUGAUCCUCCAAAGGACUUGCGGUCGUUUAUUCAGAGGAGAGGCAGAGCUCGUGAUCGACAGUCUAGACUUGUCUUGUUCAUUGAUGGUAAUGACGAUGACGGUCUUGCGAAGUGGGAAUCUAUGGAGGAGAAACUCAAGGAAAUCUAUGCAGAUAAUAUGAGAGAGCUCAAAGAGAUCAAGGCCCUUGAAGAUAUUGAAGAGGAGAGUACGGAGAUCCUCAAGGUUCCGUCGACAGAGGCUGUUUUGAACCACCAGAAUGCACAACCAUUCCUCGCUCACUUUUGCGCCACAGUUUCAUACGCUCAUACGACAAAUCAACCCGAAUACAUCAUCGAGCGACAAGAAGUGAGUCUCGGAUUUACACAAAUCACAGCCAAAGUCGUUCUCCCCAGUUACAUCGAUCCAUCUCUACGCGUAGCCUUCUCAAAAUCCAAAUGGAGGACCGAGAAAGCAGCAAAACGAGACGCUGCCUUUCAGGCAUACAUUGCCCUCUAUGACGCUGGAAUGGUAGACGACAAUCUCAUGCCUAUUCACCGGAAGAAAUAUGCAGAUGCUGUUACCACAGCUCAGGAAAAGAAGCCAAAACUUAUUGAGGUUUCUGAAUGCUGGAAUCCGUGGAAUGAUAUAGCCCAGCUACGGAGAGAUGAUAUGCCCCUUAUUCCGACGAGGGUGUACUUUAAUCAACCCAAUCCUUUGGGAAUUCCUGAUAUGAUGUUGCUCUUGCCUACUCGAAUCCCAUCUGACUGUGAAUUUGUGCUAUUCUGGAACCAGAAAAUCACCUUGAAGGUAAAGAUAUGCAAUGACCGAAACACGAGAUUAGGCUUUGAUUCAGAGCAGGCUACCCGUUUUACACAUGAUAUGUUCUUGGCGGCCUAUCAGAACAAAGUGGUACCGACCAAGAGUGACUAUAUCACAUUGUUCUGGCCUUCAGGAGCACUUGAAAUGCCUGUUGAGAAGUGGCUCGCUUCGAUUACGGGUACUAUGGGUCCUUUCACUCGUCAUGGACACCUUUUUACGAAAGAACAGAUGAGAGAGCUGGGAAUGGCGCGCACUAGUGAAAAAUACUCACGACCUUUCUUUAUAGAGCAGAUUGUCGAAACAUCGACAGAUGAUGUCGAAAUACAGGACGCGGAUACAUCCAGCAACGCCGUCGAACCUAACUCAGAACCGCAUUUCAAGGGGACAACCCUCCCCAAGCGGACGGAUUUUUUGCAUCAAAUCGCGCAAUCCGAACAACUGCCGCUAGCUCAUACGUCCCAACAACUCGAGCCAGUACGCUUGUGUCAUAUAGAUCGACUGCCGGCUAAGUUCUCAAAAUUCGCUCUCUUCAUACCUUCCAUCACGCAUAAGAUUGAAGUCCUCUUCAUAGCGGAGAGACUUGCAAGAACAGUGCUUUCAAGAGUCAAAUUCGAGAAUUUGUCACAUGUGCUUACUGCUAUCAGUGCCUCUAGCGCACAGGAAGAGCAUGAUUAUCAACGCUAUGAGUUUUUGGGAGAUAGCCUGCUGAAACUGAUUACGUCAAUUCAUUUGGUUGUUAAAAAACCGCUCUGGCAUGAAGGGUUACUGUCCGCUGAAAAGGAUACCAUCGUCUCCAACGGUCGAUUACAUCGAACUGCACUCGACCUAGGUUUGGACAAGUUUAUACUGACAAAGUCGUUUACUGGACGCAAAUGGCGACCAAAUUAUAUCUCGCAGUUCGAAACUGUCACUGAAGAGAAGCGUCAGAUGUCGACUAAGACUCUGGCCGAUGUUGUCGAAGCUUUACUAGGAGCAGCGUUCCUCGACGGAGGUUAUGAGAAGCUAGAAUCAUGCGCCAAAAUCUUCUUACCGGAACAAACAUGGACUUCUAUCAGCGACGACAUGCGCACAUUGUACGAAGUAGCCCUUGUCUCCAAUCAGGCCUCUUCUCACCCUAAAUUGGGUCAAAUGGAAGAAAUCCUAGGCUAUAAAUUCAACAAACCUAGCAUCCUAUUUGAGGCAUUGACUCACCCCUGUGCCAACGACGGCGCACCCACCUACCAACGUCUAGAAUUCUUGGGAGACUCGUUGCUAGACCACUUCGUCGUCCAAGAAUUCUUCAAUCACCCCGAGAAAAUAUCCCAUCAAGACAUGCACUUGAUGCGCACGGCAGUCGUAAACGCUCAUUUUCUAGGCUUUCUCUGUCAAAGCCUCUACAUCACCGAAGAACGUUCCGAGCCCGUCUCACCCGGUAAAGCGCAUAUCUCGACGAUAUCCACAGAACACAAGAUUUACCUAUGGCAACUAAUGCGUCAUGGCGCAUCAUGGGAAAUUACUAAUGCUCAACAAGAAACAAAAGCCCGAUACGAAGCCUGGGGUCCCGCAGUACACGACGCCCUAAUGCACUCCAAUAAAUACCCCUGGGCAGACCUCUUCCGCAUAAACGCCAGCAAAUUCUUCUCCGACAUGGUCGAGUCUCUCCUGGGCGCAAUAUUCGUUGAUUCCAAGGGUUCCCUAGAUGCAAGCCGCCAAUUCCUCGAACGGAUCAGUUUACUCCCCUGUUUGAGACGGAUUAUUCGUGAGGAAGUUCUGAUCUUGCAUCCGUUUAAUCAGUUACAUGAGGCGGCAAUAUCGGAUAAAGUACAGAUCUCGCAUAGUGUUGAGAAGAGGUUGCCGACGUCCCCGGGGUUUGAGGACGUGGUGAGAGAGGACGGGCUGGUGUUUAUAUGUAGUGUAAAGGUGGCGGGGGAGGAGAUUGUGAGGGUUGAAAAUGGAGUUAAUAAACUUGAAGCUGAGGCGAGGGCAGCUGGGAUGGCGGCGGAUAUAUUGAGGGCGAGGAUGGCGGCGGCUUAGUUGGCACGAUCUAAUGAAUAAUGAUUUAUGAUUAGAUAUUAUUUAAGAAUGAAAUUGAUGAUCAUGA